AUGCGAUCUAAAAAAUGUGGAGAUGCAGUCAACCACUACACCAGGGGACUUCUGCUUGCAUGCAUUCUUUUGGUUACCGCUUGCCUAUCCGUUGCCGAAAACUUAAAGGAAAUCGCCCUUGAGGAGGUAGCAUGUAAGCUUACCCAGAAAGGCAUUGCCCCAGCACCAGAUGCUACGGGGCUUUAUUCACAACAUUCUGAGCUCAAAACUGCAGCGGGCCAGAGUUUUGCUCAGAGUCCGCAC